GUGAAGGAGCUGGGUCGGGCCGACGAGGUUCUGGACCUGUCGGACUACGAACGCUGCGAGGAGAUCAGGAAGAACAAGAGUCGCAGCAAAAAGAACCACAGCAAGUUCAGGCUGCAGCGCUGCAGCACGCCAGGAAACACGGUCCCGAACCUGGUCUUCCUGGCUGUGAGUCCGGAGGAGAAAGAGUCCUGGAUCAACGUCCUGAAUGCCGCCGUCACGCGAGCCAAAAACAGGAUCCUGGAUGAGGUGAUUGUGGACGACUCGCAGCUGUCUCACCUGACUCGAGACCGAGUGAAGAUUCCUCACAACCGCCGACUGCCGACCAGAGGUCACCUGCUGGCUGUGGCCUCCACCUCCUCCUCAGACGGGAUGCUGACCCUGGAUCUGAUCCAGGAGGAGGACGCUUUGUCUCCUCAGGGAGCCGACGGCUGCGACACCUUCAGUGUCGACGUGGACAAAUCCCACCUCGGCCAGGACUGUCCCAGGUCAAAAACUGAUGGCGAUCUCUCUGCCAGAACCGCCGAGGCUUCUGGGAAAUCCCAGAGCCUUCCCCGUGAGGUGGCGGUGGUGUGGGAGCACACGGGGCCCGCCCAAACCCCCCAGGGUGGAAAACGCCUGACGACUGCAGAGAAAAACCGCUGCGCCUCGAUGGACGAGAUCCUGACGCACUCAGAUUCUAAAGCUGCGAAGAACAAGACGUUGUCCUGUUCACCAGCGUCCACGCCAAGCGGCACGACGGCGCCAGUCAGCCAGCUGCAGGAGCUGAUCAGCCAGAAGCUGGAGAAGACGGAGCGGCUGCUGAGGGAGGUGCGGGGGGAGGCCGGGGAGCGAGGGAAGAUGAAGGGAAAGGAGUCGGCUGAAGGAGCGCGAGCUGAAGCCGAGAGACUCCUGAAGGAGGCGGUGGCGGCCUGGAGCCAGGCACAGGAAGUGCUGGAGGAGGUGAAGGAGUUGAGGGCAUUGUACCGACAACUGGACUCCUCCUCCUCCCCCAUCACCCCCUCCAACAGCACCAAACUAAACCCAGACUGCAAGAGCCCGAAGUGAGCCACAUGGUACUGAGUCGUUCUGGUAGGAACUGGUUUCGACCGCUCCAGUCCAGGUAACGCCACGACGCUGAACGCAGCGUCUGCUUCUGUUUGUCGGACUUGAGACAAAGCUGCUGGAUCAACCACUUUUAAAUUAUUUGGAAAAAUCAGGAGGGCCAGUCGGGAGGAACCAGGACAGUCCGGCUGAAUGACUCCGUGCACAAAGUAAACAUCUUCCUCACAAAACCACAGUAGCAUAAAUUUAAUUUUAACGUCCUUAAACACUUUUCCAGGUUUUGAAAAUCCCAUAAAGUCACUUUUUUUUUGCACAAAUAAAAACAAGGUACCUUUAAAAACAAAACUUGUCAAAGUGAACGAAAAUGUGCCAAGACGAGAGUUCAGAGACGAGGAGAAACUCUGCGGGUACUUGAUCAUGUCACUUCUGUUCACAUCCAUCACUUUGGAUCCUUUUUAUUUUGCUUUUUGAAUAAUUUAACAACACCUGUUGGAGAAGUUCUAAACAGGAUGAAGGUUUCUGCAGCUGGACAUGAAGAUGAGACAGCUGCCGAAGGAGGAUGAAUAUUGUAUGAAGGUGAAUUAAAAUAACUUUGGUGAAUACCAAUUUAGCCUAUGUUAGCAUACUAACAUGCUGAGUUUAGCAUUGUCAUAGUGAGCAAGUUAACACGCUAGCGUUAGCACCACCGUGUCUCUAGCAGGGUUUCAUUCUUCACAAGUUAUUCUGUUACUUUUCACGUGAGAGAUUUUUGCUCGAACUCAUGGUGUUUUACGUCAUAAGAAACUAAGUUUUUUUUGGAGCCAACUGAGACCUUAAAACCUACACAGCUGGGAAACCCAACCACUAUGCACGCAGAGCGCAGACCCUGCAGCAGGAGACUGUCUGCAGCAGGUUCACCUCCUUCUUUCUGAAUGUGAAUGUUUUCUGAAACACCGGAGGCGACGACGAAUCAACAGCCUCCAGUCGCAGCUGGAAACUCAGAGACUCAGGAAUGUUUAAGAAGAACUGGACUGAUUCUCACAAUGUUUGAGUCCAACCCUCAAAAAAACUGAAACAUCAGAUCUCAGUCUUUGACUGAGCGUCUCGACAGAUCAGGACCAGCUGCAUCAAAGCCUGAUUUAUACUUCUGCGUCGAAUCUACGCCGUAGCCUGAGGCUCUAGCGUGACUUGCACCUCCCUAAAAAUGUAACUACAUGUCGAGGCGACGCACACCACAAGAACUGUGAUUGGUCGGCUUAGUAGCAUUUCUCCCAAGCCCACAAGAAAUUUGAUCCGUCUUUAACAUUUAAAAAGUCUAGAAAGCCACA